ACACGACUACUCAAUUUUGAUGUAGAUUAACAGUGUAAUCACUCGAAAUAUUAUGAAUAAAACGAGUUUUAAAAAGAAGAAACCUGAAAACCGCUGCGCAUUCAACACACGUCUGUGAACCUCUGCUUUAUUUUUUUUAGUAGUACUAUUUUUUUAUUUCUAAAACUACCUGCGCUGGAUUUCUCUCUCUUCUCUCUAUUUUUGUGUGUGUGGGGAUGAAUCUGUGGCUACGCAGGGGCUAUGCCGUCAGCCUGAAGUAGUACGAUUAGAAUUUGCAAUCUUGUUAUCGUCUUCGCAUCUUCAAAUUCCUCAAUAACUUGCGCAACGCAACUCUUACUCUCCUUGUGAUCAGCAGCUGAAUUUUCGUUUGGGUGAGUUCAUUUAAUAUACUGUAUAAGAUUGGGAUUCUGAUGGUUCAACAAACAAAAGAUUCUACAUUUACUGAAUACGGGCUUGCUCACACUGAAUCUGGUCUGUCAAAUUCUGAUAAGCAACUCUCCAUCUCAACAGCCGCAAAGAGGACAGAAUUGCUGGGCUCCCGUAAUGAGAGCCCCAUGGCCGUGUCUAAAUCUAUUGGAAGCCAGUUCCCUGUGGAGACCAGUGAAAGUGUUGAUGAAGCUGUUAAGAUUUCUGGAACGAAAAGUAAUGGUGGAGGCGCGCACAUUGUCUAUGUUCGCAGAAAACCUGAACUAGAAAUAGCAAAGAGCAAUCUUUGUGAUACUCAACUUAAUGCUGACAAUUGUUCUGAUACUAAGAAAUCUGUUAACCAGGAUGAUGCAACUCAACAGUUCACAGGGAAGAAUGAGCCCAUGAUAUGUGUAUCAGAUGCUGCACCACUUCCUAGGGCUUCUUCCCCAAGUUUCUCAUCUACAAGACGUUCAGUUUCUCCUUCUCUUGGAGUAUCUGGUAAUAUAUCAUCACCAGAGAAUAUUAAACACGUUGAUUUUAACUGUAGAAAACCUUCUCCAAAAGAACCUGCAAUGGUGAGUGUCAAUCUCUGGGAAGAACAAUAUAACCGCUUGCAGAGUUUCUUGAAAAUGUUGGAUCAAUCAGAUCAGUAUGAAUAUGUUCAGAUGCUUCGAUCGCUUUCAUAUGUUGAGCUUAGCAGACAUGCGUUGGAACUUGAGAAACGAUCAAUUAAGCUUUCGUUGGAGGAAGGUAAUCAUAUGUUGCAUUCAGGAGGCAGCCACCUUGCAUGGGAUAACAGUUAGCUUAAGGAUUCUCCUGAGGGAAAUGUGUUCUAUGAUAUAUCUCUUGCUUUCAUCUUUAACCAGUAACACUGCAUGCAGCCAGAUUCUGUAUUAAAAACUAUUAGUGUAGGAUCCCUUACAUGCAAUGGGGUUAUUUUUUUCAAUAAAUGAAUUUGAUAUUUGUGAAACAUCAGAAUAACGUGGAUCCAUAUUACCAGAUCUAUAAGGAUCUAUGAUAUUGUACAAUAUAAUAUGCUACUGAUACCAAAAUCAUGAAAGACAGCAAAGUACUAUAACAUCUUCCUGCCCGACCUAGAAUCUCAUGGAUGUUUUCUGCAUCACUGUAUUUGUAUUUGAAGUGCAGAUUCCUUAUGCUUGUGCUUUCUUAUCUAUGUCAUCCAAUUGGAUGCAAUAUGAAAAUUUUAGUUGUGGGUUCUCUCUGUCUUCAGAACCACAAUUAGGUGGAAGGUAAAGAGUACUGACAUACAAUUUA